AUGGCCCCCUCACAGAGCUGCCGCAGUCUGCGCACCAGCACAAGCAGCAGCGCUGGAGUGGACCUGGCCACCUCAGGAGAGACAAUAAUUCAAGACACAUCAGUUGUGCUUAUUCCAACAGGCAUAUAUGGCCCACUCGGGUAUGGAAAGGCAGCAUUGUUAAUUGGAUGUUGCUCUACAAAGAUAAGGGGUCUUUUUGUGCUGCCAGGGGUCAUAGAUGCUGACUUUGAAGGAGAAACUAAAAUAAUGGUGUGGACUUCAGUGCCACCAUGUACAAUACCAGGAGGAAGCCGAAUCGCACAAUUAAUAUAUUUUUCACCCCAGUCACUGGGUGCCAUCCACACCGUGCAGGGCUCAGAAUGUUUUGGAUCUACAGGGAUGCCUGAAAUUUAUUGGACUCAACAAUUAACUGUGGACUGA